AUGCUAGCGCCCCGGACCUCGCCACUCAAAUCAAAAGGCUACACACAGCGAGACAACAGAAUCGCAGAGGCAGUGUCCGCUCCUAUGUCGUCGAACGAGAUGACGGAUACCGAGCCGAAGCAAUAUUUCCCUGUCGCCGGUCUGGCUAGUGAUGGCUGGUCGACAGACGACGAGGCUACCGUGACUUGCUUCUGCGGUGGUGUGCAAAUCGUCGUCCCUGUCCAAGGCAAAGGCUUCCUCGGCAGCUUCAUCUGCAACUGUGCUGACUGUCACAAGCUGAGCGCUUCUGCGCAUGCUACCAAUUUUACCGUGCUCGAUAGUCACCUCCGAUACGUUCGCGGCAAGGAACAGCUCAAGCAAUUCGGCCAAUCUGAUACAAUCUUUCUCAAAGGAAACAAAGAGUACGACGAUGUGACCAUGACCAAUCAUUUUUGUAGCGUCUGCGGCUCCUUGAUGUUCCGUACCGCGGGCAGCUUUCCUGGCGCUAGCAUCAUGCGUGUCGGCAGCGUCGAUGACUUUACCUUGCAGAGCACCAAAUUGCGUCCGACGAAGGAGCAAUUCACGAGAGACCGCGUAGCAUGGAAAGCCCCUACAGAAGGUGCCGAACAAUUCGAAGGUGACGGGCUGCACGUACAACAGCCUCGCAAACCUCGAGCGCAUCCUUGCGACGGCGUCCACGAGCCAUUGAAAGCGAGCGAGAUUCGAGGGCGUAUCUCCACCCGCGUGCUUCUGCCGCGCAGCUACGACGUCGCACUUCAGCCGUCCGACAUCUGCCCAGUUGCACGGAUGUCCAGAGAUGAUCCGCAUUCAAAAGGGCACAAAUACUUCCCGACGGCAGGUCUCGCGAGCGAUGGAUGGUCGUCCGAAGACGAAGCGACAGCGACAUGUUUUUGUGGCCUCGUCCAGCUCGUGGUCCCAAUACAAGGCUCAGGCUUCUCGCCGUCACGGAUCUGCAAUUGUCCGGAUUGCCACAAGAUCUCUGGCACGGUACACUCGACCAAUUUCAACGUACAGACGAGUCACGUCAGAUUUAUGCGUGGCGAGGAUCGCUUGACUCAUUUUGCCCAAGUGGAUACCGUUCUGAGCAAAGAUGAUGGCAACGAUCACACUCGAACGAACAGCUUCUGCUCUCAAUGUGGCGUACUCUUGUACAGAUCAAACGCUUCAGCGCCGGGCAUUAUCAACAUCAGACUCGGAACGGUCGAUGACUUUGCGCUCCAGAGCACGCUGCGGCCAACAGCAGAGCAUUUCGUUCGGGAUCGUGUCGGUUGGAAGCUGCCUACAGCAGGCGCAGAGCAAAAUUGGAUCUCGCCUUCUUCACCCGCCUUUGCAGACGAGACGGACAUGACCAGAUCUGAGCAAUACUUUCCGAUUGCUGGACUUGCCCACGAUGGCUGGUCGACAGAUGAAGAAGCGACGACGACUUGUUUCUGUGGACGCGUUCAGCUUGUCGUGCCUAUCCGAGGAGAAGGCUUCUUGGGGGCGCGCCUGUGCCACUGCGCAGAUUGCCAUAAAUUCACUGGAUCGAUUCACGCUACAAACUUCAGCGCCCUCACAAGUCUCGUCAGAUACAAUCGAGGUAAAGAUCAGCUCGAGACGUUCUCGCAAUCGCAGACGAUGUUCAGAAAGGACGACGAGAAGACUCAGACGAACUCGUUCUGUCGAACUUGUGGCACGCUGAUGUACCGCUUCAACUCUUCCGUACCCGAUCGAGUAUCUGUGCGCGUCGGGACGGUGGACGACUUUGCGCUACACUCGACCAAGCUCAGACCAACAGUCGAGAUAUUCACCAAAGAUCGUGUCACUUGGAAGCCGCCGACAGAAGGCGCUCAGCAAUUUGAAGCUGCACCAACGUGA